UCCACGAUUUUCUCACGUUUGUGCAGUUUUUAGAUCGAAAUUCAAUUAACUAUAAUUAAACGAUCCAAUUUGGCUGGUUAAUCUAAACGGCGAUUAAAGAGUCGAAGUUGUUUUCUAAUGGUCAAUGCAGUACAAUUGUUCAUUGUAUAUAUUCACCACGGAGAUAUACAUUUUGCUGCCGAUUCGGCAGCAUGGCAUACUGAAGGUACGAGGUGACGAUGGCAUCGGAAGAACAUAAACGAUUAGCUGAUUUCAUAAAAGCAGUCCACAAUGAUUUGCGGGAAAAAACUCAUCUUUAUGGAGCUACGGAAGCGUGGAGGCGACACGUUGAACAGCGUGAUGUUUUACAGAAGUAUGCGACGUCGAUGGAAGCGCUGGCGACGAAACAUUGGGUGAAGCCUGGAGAAGAUCCACGAAAGCAACAGACGAGUGUGAAAUGGAUCGAAAAUGAAUGUAUGGAAUAUUUUAUUAACGGGGGAUUAGAAAAGUAUAACGAGCGAGAGAUAGAAAUAAUACAGAAAAUGCUGGAUACUCGGUUCUCCGAUGUUGCUUAUCCAAAAGAUGGAUCUGGCAUUAGUUUUGAGAAAUGUAAUGAAAUUUGCGAUUUUAACAUCGGACGCAACUUUAAAAAAGUAAGGUUAUUAGACGUGGGAAGCUGUUACAAUCCACUUGGAUUAAUUGAAAUCUUCGACGUAACGGCUGUCGACCUAACCCCAUUUGCCGAUAGUGUCUUACGGUGUGAUUUUCUUAGUUUAAAAAUUGGAGAGCAUAGAGUAAUCAGCGAGGAGCGGAAAGAAUUGAAAGAGUUGCCUGCAAAGUUCUUUGACGCCGUUGCAUUUUGUCUAUUAUUGGAAUACAUGCCGUGUCCAGAACAAAGGUUCAAUUGUUGUCGAAAGGCAUACGAACUGUUACACUCGGGGGGAAUUCUCAUUAUCGUAACCCCAGAUUCAAAGCAUGUGGGAGCUAACGCCAGAAUAAUGAAGUCUUGGCGCUACGUAUUAUCAAAAUUAGGCUUCAUGAGACUGAAGUAUGAAAAACUAAAGCACACUCAUUGUUUAGUCUUCCGGAAAACUGUUUCUAAAGACGUAGCCAUGCGAUGGGCAGAUUUGCAAAAUUUCCCAAAGGACGAUACAUUAUUUCAGUUCGAUAACAAAAUAUUCAUUCCGCAAGAUUUUCAGGAGCGUAACAAUAAUGCAUUUCUAGACAAAGAAAUAGAAUACGGUGGUGACGUAGAUAUGUUCGACGAGUUGCCUUUCGCAGAGAACAGCGAUCGAUGACAAAUACCAUCCAGAUUGUCCGUUCCUAAAUUUCACCAUGUAUUUAUUCAUCGACUGGCAUUUCUCAAAACAACUUUACCUUACUAUUAAGAUUUCUCUGAUAUUUAGAAACUCUCUUCGAUCGAUAUGUUUCCACUUCACCUUAAUUCAUCGACAAGGUCUGAAUGUUUAAUAUAAAACCUCCCUGGAUCUCCAA